AUGGCUACUUCGAGAUUAGUCAGACUACCCCUGAGGUCCAACGUGCUCCUCACCAAACGUUUUCCUAACUCAGUACGACCAUCUACCACAUUCAAGUACGAUGGUGCAACUCCAUCAGGAAAUAGCUAUACGGUCUUACCGACCUCAAUCGCUGGACUGAGAUCAGCAUCGGGAUCGAUCUCAUACAGAUCAUUCCUCACUUCUUCUUCCGUUCUGAGGAAGAAGACAACCACCAACGAUGGAGGACUUUUAGAACCCUCUUCAGAAGAUUACUUGGACUUACCCUCACCUACUCAGAGGGUAAAAUUCUUGAAUGGGAUCAAGAAGGAUUACGGUGAUGAAUACCAGAAUUUGACUGUCCCUACCGCUCAGUUAUUAGACGCUUUGAGGGACAUGCAAUCGUGGAGACAACUUACACCAUCUACUUCAAAAUCGACGGACUAUAGAGAUGCCCUGAGAUCAAUCUCGCUAUUAGCUGGACCUGACGGUGGGAUUAGUAGACCGUCUUUGAGACUGAAGGAUAUUGAAAGUGUCUUGUCUGAUGAGAACGGUGUCACAUGGCGAUUGAUAAGAGAUAUAAUCGAACAUGGUCUCGUACCGGAAUUAGAAGGAUUGGACGAAAAGUGGAAAGCUAUGGUGAAGAUCAAUAGAGUACAUGGAUUCGGUAAAAUCAAAGCUCAAAAUUAUGUUGAUAAUGGGGCUAGAACACUGGAAGAUCUUUUGAAUGCCAAGGAUAAAGAAUAUGGUAGGAAAGUAUCUGAUGCUCAGAAGCUCGCAAUCAAAUACCACAAAGACAUGGAUCUGAUGAUUCCUCGAAGUGAAGUUGAAGAAUUUGAGAAAUUGAUCCAAAAUGCUUUGAACAAGGUCGAUCCUACUCUCGGCUAUGCAAUCAUGGGAUCAUAUAGAAGGGGUGAAUAUGUCAGUAGUGAUAUCGAUAUGGUCGUCUGGCACAAGUCUUUUCCCAAACGAGAUCGAGAGGAUAAAUCGAAGAAAGGUGGAUAUGCGCCUGAUAGUCUUAUGGGGAAAGUCAUGAAUGCCUUGAUUCAAGAAGGGUUGAUUCAGGAGGAUCAACUGUUUUCGAGAGGCGAAAAGAAAGUCCUCGCUUUGACUAAAUUACCUCGAACCAAUUCAAUCCACCGACAAAUUGAUAUCCGAUUUUGUCCCCUUGAGAGUCUGCCUUAUAUGUUAUUGGGAAAUACUGGGGAUGAUACGCUCAUGAAGACUUUGAGGUAUAGGGCGAUUCAAAAAGGUUGGGUGUUGAAUGAGUAUGCAAUGGGUGAGAGGGUGGAGGGAUCGCAAGGUGUCUGGGUAGCAGAUGGUAAAGAGAUUAUUGUCAACAGCGAGAAAGAGAUAUUUGAGAAGCUCGAACUACCUUACCUCGAGCCCACGAUGAGAUCUUUACACAAGUACAGACAUAUCCUUCAGAUCAAAUAG